AUGGAGAUAGUCCAAGAACCAGAGUGCGGAGAAGCACCCGAUCCGGGGUCUCGGAGAACCCAGGACCACGGAACAAGCAUUUCCCUCGUAUUUCUACUCUGCUGCAAUAAAUUGGUUGCUCUGUUCAAGACACCCCAGGGCGCGGGGAGCGACGGGAAAUGUAGUCUUUCUCCCUCCACAGACCUCCUGGUUUCUGGGGCUUCCUCUGCGCGGGUGCAACAUAGGCCCCGCCUCAUCCCUUCCGCCUUCACAGGCCUCGUGCGGCGUUCUUGUGGCGGGGGCGGAAGUAGUACGUCUCGGGCCGCCCUCCGGCCCAGGCGGGACUGCAGUGCCCGGGUCUGGCCUGGAUCUCGGCCCUGGGAUGCUGAAUCUUCACCGUCCUCUACACUCUCCCAAGACCUGCUGAAAAUGAACACAUCUGAGACAUCAGUGUCAUUCAAGGACGUGACUGUGGAGUUCACCCUGGAGGAGUGGCAGUGUAUGAGCUCUGCUGAGAGAACCCUGUACAGAGAUGUGAUGCUGGAGAACUACAGCCACCUUGUCUCAUUGGGGUAUUAUUUUACAAAACCGGAUGUAAUCAUCAAGUUGGAGCAAGAUGAUCCAUUGUUAUUAGAGGAAGAAUUUCUAAACAAGAGCCAUGCAGACAGCAAACUUGGUAACCUCUUAGAGAAAAGUCUGGCAAAUCAAGGAAAAUACUUGCAGGAAGACUUUUUUGCUCAACUUCAGAAUAAAGACACAGUUGAGAAAACUUUCCACCAGAAGUUACACUGCAGAGAACAUCAGAGCACUCACUCAGAAAUAAAGACCUUUGAAAUUGGAGGUAACUUAAGCCCUGAUGCAGCCCUUACCAUUCCCCAGAAAUGUGACACAAAAGGGAGCUUCUGUCAUGAUACCAUAUUUUGGCAAACCUUGCCCACUCAGACUACCUUUAGUGUACAUCAGAGAACUCAAAUAAGGGUGAAACCCUAUGGAUGUGAAGAAUGUGGAAAAUCCUUCUCUAGGAAGUAUUACCUUAUUGGACAUCAGAGAACUCAUAGUGGGGAGAGACCUUAUGCAUGUAAUGAAUGUGAGAAAACUUUUACCCACACAUCACACCUCAGAGAUCAUCGGAGAACUCAUACAGGGGAGAAACCUUAUGAAUGUAGUGAGUGUGGGAAAGCUUUUAGCCAUAAGUCAACCAUAAAAAGACAUCAGAGAAGUCACACAGGUGAGAAACCCUAUGAGUGUAAUAAAUGUGGAAAAGUGUUCUAUACAAAGUUUCACCUCACUGAGCAUCAGAGUAGUCACACAGGGGCAAAACGCUAUGAAUGUAGUGAGUGUGGAAAAUCUAUCUGUAGGAAAUCAUACCUCGUUGUGCAUCAGAGAAUUCACACAGGGGAGAAACCCUAUGAAUGUAAUGAGUGUGGAAUAUUUUUCUAUAGGAAGUCAUACCUCACUGGACAUCAGAGAACUCAUAGUGGGGAGAGACCUUAUGCAUGUAAUGAAUGUAAGAAAACUUUUACCCACAUGUCAAACCUCAGAGAACAUCAGAGAACUCAUACAGGGGAGAAACCUUAUGAAUGUAGUGAAUGUGGGAAAGCUUUUAGCCAUAAGUCAACCCUAAAAAGACAUCAGAGAAAUCACACAGGGGAGAAACCCUAUGAGUGUAAUAAAUGUGGAAAAUGUCUCUCUAGGAAGUCUCACCUCACUCGGCAUCAAAAUUCACACAGAACAGAAACCUUAGCAGUGUAGUAAGUGUGGAAAAUCCUUCUGUGAAAAUUCUCAUCUACCUCUGCAUCAGCGAAUUCACAGAGGAGAAACCCAAUGAAUGGGUUGAAUGUGAGAAAGCUUUUAGCUAGAUGCCGGUCCUAAAGACUUCAGAGAACUCACACUGGGGAAAAAUCCUAUUAGUAAUGAACGUGAGAAAGUUUUCCCAUAUAAACUAAACCUCAGAGUACAUCAGACAGUCCCCACGUGGGAGAAACCCUAUCAACGUAGUAAACUUUAGAAAACUUAAAGCAGCAACCCAGGCCUAAGAACACAUCAGAGAAGUCACAUGGGGAAAUCCCAUUAACAUGAUGAACAUAGGAAAGCUUUUAGCCAGAAGUCAGGUCUUAGGAAACAUCAGACUGAGAAACACUAUGAAUGUAAUGGAUAUGGGGAAACUUUGACUGGAAGUGCAGCAUCAGAGAACUCAGGGGAAGAUCAAUGAAUAUAAUAAACAUGGAAAUUUUCUCUUCGAGAAAUCAACCAUCAAUCAACAAAACUCAGAAAUCCCUCAUGUGUAUUGUGUAUGGAUAGUGUUUCAACCAGAUUUCAGCCCUCAUUGGACAUUAGAGGACUCACACAAGAGGUAAAUCCUUGAAAUUAAUCACUUAUGAACAGUCUUUCCACCAGACUACUCAGUGGGUAUUCAAAAUUUACGCAGGAACAAAAUCCUGUGAAGGUAAUGGAUGAGGAAAACUUUUCUACCCAAAGACCACCUUUAGUUUAAUUGUACUGGAAUCUAACAUGAGGGUAGUGAGAAUUAUGUACUUUUUAUGUAAAAACUAUCAUUAUGUAAACAUGUUAGAGGAUACAUUUGGAUAGUUAAAAUACCUCAUGUUCCUAUUUUUUCUUACUGUUUUCUGGCCAGUGUAUAAAAGAUAGAUGAUUGUUACUGAAUUGCCUCUUCAGGAAAGAAGACAAACAGUGUUUCCUGCAAGAAUUUUAUUGUCUCAGGGUCACCAGUGCAUUUAGUGUGAACAUUAGAUUCAUUAUGCAAAAGUCAUAUGCACAGUCGUUUGGAGAACAAAUCUGAUUCAAUUGAGUUGCUGUGAACAGUGGUACUCACUAUUUACCCUGUAAAGAGAAAAAGAAGUUGUAUUUCCAUUCUCCUUUAGUUCAAAAUAUUUUAAAAUUAUCUGGGACUCUUUUGAUCUACAUGUUAUUUAGAAGUGUGUUGUUCAGUCUGCAAAUGUUUUGAUAUUGCUGGCUGUUUUUUUAAUUAAUUCUAGCUUCAUUGUCUUUUGAAUUGUGCAUUGUGACCCACAAUGUUGUUUGUCUCAAUCAAAGUGCCAUCUGAGCUUAAAAAUGUGUAUUCUGCUGUUGUAGAAUAAAGUAUUCUAUAAAUGUUGAUUAGACCCCAUUGACUGAUGGUGCUGCUCAGUUCAACUGUGUCCGUGUUUCGACUGAUGAAUCGAAGAUGGUUGAAAUCUCAAACUAAUUGUUUUCAGUUCUUUUUUUUUUAAAUUAUUGAAUUUUGGUUGUGUUGGGUCUGUUGCUGCGCCUGGACUCUCUCUUGUUGCGGCAAGUGGGGGCUACUCAGCAUUGCAGUGCUCAGGCUUCUCAUUGCUGUGGCUUCUCUUGUUGCGAAGCAGGCUCAGUAGUUGUACCGCAUGGGCUUAGUCAUUCUGCAGCAUGUGGGAUCUUCCUGGACCAGGGCUCAAACCCGUAUCCUCUACAUUGGCAGGCAGAUUCUUAACCACUGCGUCACCAGGGAAGUCCCAGUUCUUGCCUCCUAUUUUGAUCUGUUUUUAGACACAUUCUCUUAAGGCUUGUUCUGUCUUCUGCUGAAUCUACCCCUUUAUCAUUAUGUAAUGCUCCUCUUUAUUCCUGAUAAUUUUCCUUUUGUUAAUUCAGCUUUGUCUGAAAGUAAUAAAGCUACUGUAGUUUUCUUUUGUUUUUUUUUUUUAAUGGCUUUUAAAAUUUUAUUUAUUUAUUUAUUUAUUUAUUUGGCUUAGUUGUGGCACACCAGACCCUUUGUUGCGGUGUGUGUUCUCUUCAUUGCGGCUCACGGGCUUCUCUCUAGUUGUGGCGCACAGGCUCCAGAGCAUGCGGGCUCAGUAGUUGCGGUGCGCAGGCUUAGUUGCCCUGUGGCAUGUGAGAUCUUAGUUCCCCAACCAGGGGUCAAACCCAUGUCCCCUGCAUUGGAAGGUGGAAUUUUAACCGCUGAACCACCAGGAAGUCCCUUCAUCCCUUUACUUUUAAUAUAUCUUUUUACAUUCAAAGGGGUUUUGUAUAGAUAGCAUAUAUUUGGGUCUUUUUUUAAUCCACUCUGAGAUUGUUUUUUCAUUGGUACAUUCAGAUAAUUCACAUAUAUCUGCCCUGUUUUAAAAUAUUU